CGCCCUUCAGCAGGCGCUUGCUGCGCCUGGAGCGCCCGGCACCGCGGCUGGUGCUGUCGGUGAUGCAGCAGCUGAGGCAGCAGCAGCAGCAGCAGCAGCUCCGCAGGCGCUACCGGCGGGGUGCUCCGGGUGGCGACGUGCGGCCGCUGUGGUCAGAACAGAUGCCAGCUUGCGCCACCGGCACUGCCUCCGGGCUAGCAAAGUUGACGACAACAAACGCAGCCUCAACAGCAGCAACAGCAAUAACGACUAGGCCGCGCGCGCAGCAGCCUCCGCAGCAGCUACGCCAAGCUCCACCACCAGCGCCAAAGCCCUCCGCUGCCUCUCCGCAGCCUGCAUCUCCACGACAACAUCAGCCGCAGCGUUCGGAACUGCAACAGCAUCUCCAGCAGCAGCAGCGGCAGCAGCAACGGCAGAUUCGUUGGCCUCGGCGCCGGCUCUGGUCACUUAGAGGACCUCAUCCUCGCACCUUCGCGCCCCCUUUUUCUCCCUCCCCCUCUCCCUCUCCCCCUCGCCCCACUCCCGCCCCCGCGCCCAUCUACCCUCCCCGCGGCCUGCUGGCCGCCCCCCAGCUGCUGGCGGGUCGGGCGCUGUCGCUGCUGUCGUCCCGGCUGUGCUGCCGGCGCGGCUGCUCGGAGGUGCUGACUCUGGAGUCGCUGGUGCGGCUAACUUGGGGCAUGUGCGUGAUGGGGAUGUACACACCCAGGCUCUUCCACUAUUGCGCCGUCCGCGCCAUCAGCUGCAACACCGCCCCCCUGGAGUCACGACCCGCCCUGCUGCGCUGCCUCAUCGAGCUCCGAACCAUGAUCGCCAGACAACGCCCCUCCUCAUGGCGCAAGCUGCGACUGCGCCGCCGCUGGCGCCGUCGUCUCCGCGCGGCCGCCACCGCUGGCGGCGGCGGCAGCGCCCGCUGGCGACUGACGCCGGCUGAGUUCCUGGCGGCGCAGCCACAUGCCUGGGUACGGCAGCUCAUGCGCUGUCGUACGACUCUGGAAGCCGCAGCGGAGGCGCGCGGGCUGGAGUUGGAGUGGCGUACAACGUACCAGGGAGAUCGACAUGCCGUACUGCGGUUGGGUCGUCGUACGAAUUGUGCGUUGGUGCUGCUGGCGCCCUGGCACCUGCCGGCGAAUGGCAGCCGGGCUGGUGGAGCGUCGCC